UCAAUCCAAUAUACUGAACCAACCCGUUAAUAUUGAGCUUUGCGGUGCCGGUGGUGUGGAAAAAGGCCAACCUUUCACAGAGAAGCAACAACUCUGUUCAAUAUUCCGAAAAUGUCCUCUCUCCCACGAGAACUAUGGACCAAAAUUCUUGAAAUCGGAAUCCAAAAUAACGGUUUAACCUACAAAGAUCUUUGCUGCAUCUCCAUCUCAUGCCGUCUUCUUCAUCGUCUCUCCUCCGAAGACUCUCUCUGGAACCACCUUCUCUCCAUCGAUUUCCCUCUUUCUCCUCCUUCUUCUUCUUAUUUGGCUUAUAGGACCUCCAAAACCGUUUAUAGUUUAAAGUUUGUUAGAGACAAGGAGAGGAAAAAUGCUGCUCAUAGGAGGGUUGUAUUGAGGAAGGAGAGUCAAAUUGGUGAACAUUAUAGAAAGCUCCUUGUUUUUCAGACACAAUUGUCUCGAGAGAAAAGCAAAGCCAUUGAAACUUCUACUGAGUUGUCCCAUUUGCGUAGAGUCAGAGAAGCCUCUGUAGCUUUGAAUGUAUGGCAACCUGAGGUUGUUCGGGGUAGGCAAAAACAGAUGGUGGAACAAUGUGUUGUGCCUGCCGAAUCUCGGAUACGCGCGCUUGAGAUGGAACUCAGGCUUUGUAAGCAACAGAUUUUGGGGUUGGAGAAGUCCCAUAGAGAUGAACAGCGUAGGCUUGAUACUGCAGAGGAAGAGUUAGAAUCUAUGAAGUAUCAUCCUCUUCGGAAGAAUGAACAUAACAUCAGGAAGAAUGAACAUAAAGUCAAGCGGAAGAAGUUGAAAAGCUGCCAUAGUUCCAAAAGCAUUGAAUUGGACGACAAGUAAUACUCUGAGGAGAUAAAAUUUGCCGGUCUUCGGUCUCUCGUCCAUUUGAACACUGAGAAGUUUUUCCUGCCAUGAAGCCUAACUGCACUUGGUGGAGAGGAUGUAAUUAGCUAUAAGGAUUGAAACCCGAUCAAGGAAGUAGAAACUUAAUAGAGAAAAGGGGUACUGUAAACAUGGUGUGUAACUUAAGUUCCGAUGUCAUUUGGAUUUAGCAAAUGCAUUAAAAAGUGUUAAUACUAUUAGUUGGCAUAGUAAUAAUCAUAUUGUACCUAUUCUGCUAUUAUUUAUGUGUCGAUUUCUACCGUUUGUUGAAAACCUUCAUGAUAAUUUUUUUUUUCUUUACUUAUGGUUGGAGAACUUUUAUUGUGUUAAAUAUCAUGCUGCAGGAGUUGUUAGGUGUGAACUAAUUGC